UUUGCCUACCUUUGUUAUAAGAACGGAGGAGGUGCCUUCUUCAUCCCGUACCUCAUCUUCUUGUUUGCGUGUGGGAUCCCAGUCUUCAUCCUGGAGACUGCUUUGGGUCAGUACACCAGUGAGGGAGGUAUCACUUGCUGGAGGAAGAUUUGCCCUUUGUUUGAAGGAGUGGGUUAUGCCACCCAGGUGAUUGUUGCUCUGCUGAACAUCUACUACAUCAUUGUGUUAGCCUGGGCAAUCUUCUACCUGUACAACUCAUUCACCUGGGACCUGCCCUGGUCCUCCUGCAACAACACUUGGAAUACAGAUACCUGUAUAGAAUUUCAGAGGGGGAACAGCUCCAUCAAUUACCAUGAGAAUGCCACCUCUCCUGUCAUUGAGUUCUGGGAGCGCAGAGCAUUGAGAAUUUCCUCAGGUAUUGAUCACAUUGGCUCUCUGAACUGGGACUUGACUGUCUGUCUGGCCAUUGCCUGGGUCAUCUGCUACUUCUGUGUCUGGAAGGGAGUCAAGUCCACUGGCAAGGUGGUUUACUUCACAGCCACCUUUCCCUAUGUUAUGUUACUGAUCCUGCUGAUCAGAGGGGUCACCCUGCCAGGAGCCUCCAGGGGAAUUUACUUCUACCUCUACCCAGACCUGGGACGACUGUCUGACCCACAGGUAUGGAUGGAUGCUGGAACUCAGAUCUUCUUCUCUUAUGCCAUCUGCUUGGGCUGCCUCACUGCCCUGGGGAGCUACAACAAAUAUAACAACAACUGCUACAAAGAUUCCCUAUGCCUCUGUUUCCUGAACAGUGGUACCAGCUUUGUUGCAGGCUUUGCCAUCUUCUCUAUCCUGGGCUUUAUGUCUAAUGAGCAGAAUGUACCCAUCUCGCAAGUGGCUGAAUCUGGUCCAGGUUUGGCCUUCAUAGCCUACCCUCGUGCUGUGUCCAUGAUGCCUUUCUCCCCUCUGUGGGCCUGCUUCUUCUUCAUUAUGAUUGUCUUUUUGGGACUGGACAGUCAAUUUGUGUGUUUGGAAAGCCUGGUGACAGCCAUGGUGGACAUGUAUCCUUCUACCUUCCGCCGUAAAAACCGCAAGGAGCUCUUCAUCCUGGCAGUGGCAGUGGUGUCUUUCCUCAUGGGCCUCACAAUGCUGACAGAGGGAGGAAUGUACAUCUUUCAGCUCUUUGACUACUAUGCAGCCAGUGGGAUGUGCCUACUUUUUGUGGCUAUAUUUGAGACUGUUUGCAUCGCUUGGAUUUAUGGUGCUGACCGUUUCUAUGACAACAUAGAAGACAUGAUUGGUUAUCGCCCUGGUCCUGUCAUGAAAUACUGCUGGCUUUUUUUCACCCCUGCAACAUGCUUUGGAACAUUUGUCUUUUCCUUGAUCAAGUACUCACCUCUAAAGUACAACAAUGAAUAUGUAUAUCCAUGGUGGGGCUACGGGAUAGGCUGGAUUCUGGCUCUGUCCUCCAUGUUGUCUAUCCCCGUCUGGGUGGCAGUGAAACUGUACUACACCCCUGGAACCAUGAGAGAGCGCUUUGCUCUUCUGACUACUCCUUCACCUGAGUUACCAAAGACAAAGCAGAAACAGGAGAGGCUGCUGGUGGCCUUCACAGCAGACAACAACAGCCUCCAUCAGAAAUCACCGCCUGCUAAGGAUGGCUACUUUCCCGUUGAUGAAAAAGAGUCUCAUUGCUAGAGAGAUCAGAGGAAUCAGAGCCUUGUAGGGGUCAAAGGUCACUCCUCAGCUUUGAGACUCUGUCUGGCUUUAUCCCAGAUUUCUCUGUAUUACCUCACAUGACAAAAUGACAAAACAGGUGCAGGCGGUGAGAUUUUCAGAGCUGCCUGACCUGUGACUUCUGUUAUGCUGCUAGAGUUUUCUUUAUUAUAUGCUGCCUUCUACAUACAACUUGAUGGCACCAGAAUUUUACAUAUCAUUUACAUCAUGUUUUUGGGGAAUUGGAUCCCAUCUCUUUUGCUAGUGGUAGAGUCACAUGUACCUCUGAAAAUACUGUAUGUGGUCAUUGUUGUUACGCAAUGGCUAAGAAUUUACAUUUGAUAGUGUUUGCUUUCUGAGGAAGCAUUUUAUUUUUGUUAUGGACAUCUCUAAUGUUCAAUGCAAUCCAGCAUGACGUUCCACUUGCUCUACUGAUAAUGACAGCUGUCUCCUGCGGAUGGAGCACAGGAAGCACCACAUCAGGGCACAGAUCAAAAAGGUUAACUUGAAUAAAACCUACAUGCAUUUAAAAGCAUGUCUGUAAUGUAUACAGUACAAGUGCAUUGUGUAUUCAACCCAAUUUUGUUGAUUGUAUAGCUGUCGCCUCAGGAUGUAAUGGUUUCUAAUAACACCAGUUCUACAAAAGCAUACUAAUAACUCAAUAAAUAAUAAAUAGCGGUUGACUUUUAAUUUAUAUUUAGCCAAACUGACCACAGCUGAGCUUUCCUGUUGUUUCAUAUGAAUGUGACUAUGGUAAUUGAUUUAAAUGUAUGUAUUUUUUUCUUUUAG